UGUCCCCGCAGCUACCUGAACCAGCUGGACCGCAUCACGGCCCCCGGGUACCUCCCCAACGAGCAGGACGUGCUGCGCUCCCGCGUGAAGACCACCGGCAUCAUCGAGACCAAGUUCUCCGUCAAGGACCUCAACUUCAGGAUGUUCGAUGUCGGGGGGCAGAGAUCGGAGCGCAAGAAAUGGAUCCACUGCUUCGAGGGGGUGACGUGCAUCAUCUUCUGCGGGGCGCUGAGCGCCUACGACAUGGUGCUGGUGGAGGACGACGAAGUGAACCGCAUGCACGAAUCCCUGCACCUCUUCAACAGUAUAUGCAACCACAAGUUCUUCGCCGCCACCUCCAUCAUCCUCUUCCUCAACAAGAAGGACCUCUUCGAGGAGAAGAUCAAGAAGGUGCACCUCAGCAUCUGCUUCCCCGAGUACGAC